UUUACGUAUCAUUUUCUAUGGAAUUAUUAAAUUAGCCAUUGAAAAACGUAGUAUUGUUUGAUGUAAAAUCGAUUCUUGUAUAUGUUAACGAUUGAAUAAAAACAUUUUCAGCGUGAAUGCAAGUGAAAAAAUCGCUAAAAAUUUACAGAAAUAAUAAAUUUGUGUGUAUUGUUUGUGGUUGACUAUGUUCAAGUGUUGAUGCAUGUUGAAAAUACUUUGCAAUUAGAAAGUAAUUGAUUGAGUUUGUAAACAAUUAAAUUUGAUUAUUCAUUUAACGGAGUGAAAUCAUCCCAUAAAAUUUCAUUAAAUUGUGAACAAUUGAACACAAUGGAAGUUGAUGUUAAAACACUCGAACUUGAUAAAAUAUGUCGCGUUUGUUUGACAGUUAAAAAAGAUAUGCGACCAUUAUUUGGUGAAAUGGUUGCGGAAAUGCUAAUGGAAUGCACACGAGUACAGCUUGAUAACACCGACGGCUGGCCGGAUAAGAUUUGUAUUCAGUGUGUGCAUCAAGUGAGCCGAUGUCAUGCAUUUAAAAAGCGUGUUGAAAAUUCCGAUAAGGAGCUGAGACAGUAUAUCAAAGGUAUCACUGUGAUUGUCGAAGAGCCACUAACACAAAUGGAAAUCCAUCCGGCGCAAACGCAUCAAGUGAUCAAAGAUUCAGGAACGCGACAAGAAAUCCAUAUAACACGACACGAUCUACAAAAUGAUAUUCAUAAUCAUGUGCAACAUGCAAAUGUUACGAUACAACAACCACAAACGCAUACACAACAGCCGACAACACAACAAAUUGUAACAACAACACACCAACCACAGCAAAUGAUCAUCACCAAUGGACAAUUGCAUAAUGCGCAAAUCAUUAAUGCGGCUGGCCAAAUUGUUGCCACCGCACCAAUUCAAUCGGCUCUAGCCACGGCACAACUUCAAGGCCAAAUUUGUCAACUAGUUCAAACGAGUAAUGGGACAGUGCAAAUGAUACAACAAAAUGGUCAACCAGCGCAAGUAGUUCAAAUUCAGCGAACGAGUGAUGAUCGAUGUGAAAUUAUUGUACAACCCACCGAAAUUCAAACUGAUACAACAACAUAUUAUACUGAAGAUGAUGAGAUAUUCUCAGUAACAACACAAAUGCAACAGGAAGAAAUCGAACAUGUUGAAGAAGUCGAACAACAAUCACAAUCGGAUCAAAUACAAAGCACAACCGUUUGUUUGGACGAAGCCACCAUUAUCGAACAAGACGAAGAAGAAUAUGAGGAAGAAGAGCUCGAAGAAGAGGAAGACGGUGUAUUCACGCUCGAAUUGUCCGAAGGUUCAGAGUGUGAAGACAAAGAAUAUUUAGCCGAAUUUGUUAGUGCCCAAACUUCGUGUCCGUAUCCAGGGCUUUUUGUGUGCAAUCUGUGUCGAAAGGAGUUUAAGCAUAGUAAAUGGCUACAAACUCAUAUGAAAUCCCAUUCAAACUGGAUCAAGGCUAACUGUAAGAAGCAACCACAAUGUGAGAUUUGCUUUCGAAGCUUUAAAGGACCAGGAAUGCUUAAAAUGCAUAUGAAAACUCAUGAGAAAACACCGGGAAAAAUUCCAAUUUGUAAAGUGUGUAACAAAGAGUUUAAGUCGCGUACAAUCCUAUACAGACAUCGUCAGACGCACAUGGAAAAGCUGAUUCAGUGCGGAUCAUGUCACAAAAUGUUCAGCACUGUUAGUCAAAUUCAAUCCCAUCAAGCAAAACUCAAGCACGAGAAAAUCUUCAAAUGUUCUCCAUGCUUAAUUACCUUCACAUCAGUCAAUGACUUAAAGACUCAUUUACAAACACACGUGAAUUCAAAAGAGAAAAAGAACGGAACAUAAUUCAUAGAUUUUGAUUCGCUGGUCGACAAUGGGUUAAACAGUCAUCAAAGCCUAGUUAAUUUUUCCUGUAUAAUUUAAUGUUUUUAAAAAGAUACAAACGGUUUUUUUCUUUCAAUUGAGAUGAAAACAAUUUAAUAAAUUUCGGUACAAAAUCUAUUGAUGACACA